AUGGCAACCAAGAAAGGCCUUGAAAAGGCUUGCCUUGUGAAUGGUAGAAUUGGCAAGAAGUACUCCUUGACUCUCCACAGCAGUGAUCUGCUGCAGAAUAAUUCAAAUACCACAAACCACCACGAGGAAGCAGAAGAUCCUGGGUCUUGUUCAGUGCGUCACUGCCAUACCUACUCAAAGGCCCAUGAGAGCAGAAAAAGAGAGCAAUGCAAGGCCAGGCGAAAGCUUUGUGCAGCAUCAGUUGUCUGCAUCAUCUUCAUGACUGCUGAAAUCAUAGGUGGCCACAUCGCAGGGAGCCUCGCAAUCAUCACGGAUGCUGCCCACAUUUUGGUUGACUUGAUGAGCUUCUUGAUCAGCAUCUUCUCUCUGUGGCUGUCUUCUAAACCUCCCAGUAAGAGAUUAACAUACGGAUGGCACAGAGCAGAAAUUCUUGGAGCUUUCCUGUCAAUGAUCGUCAUUUGGGUGGUGACCGGUGUGUUGACAUAUUUAGCCAUCCUGAGGCUGCUGCACCCACAUUAUGAAAUUGAAGCUACAGUGAUGCUCAUUACAUCCGGCUGUGCCAUAUUAGCCAACAUAAUACUGAGCCUGACGCUACACCAGACGGGACACGGAAACUUUCCCGGUGCCCAUCAGGCCUGUGACCACAGAUCAGCUCCUGAACGAAUGUUGGCCUCAACCAAUGCCAGUGUACAAGCUGCUUUUGUUCAUGCCAUUGGAGAUCUGUUUCAGAGCAUUAGCGUGCUAAUUAGCGCACUCGUAAUCUUCUUUAAGCCAGAAUACAAAAUGGCUGACCCAAUCUGCACAUUUGUAUUUUCCAUAUUUAUUCUGGGAACCACCAUCACUAUUUUAUGGGACAUUUUGCUUGUGCUGAUGGAAGGGACACCAAAGGGACUAAGCUACGAUGCUGUAAAAGAGAGAAUUCUAGCGAUGGACAAAGUGGAGUCUGUCCACAGUUUUCAUCUUUGGUCUCUGACGAUGAACCAGACAGUCCUAUCAGCUCACAUUGUCACAGUGGAUGCUGCAGACAAACAGCAGGUUUUGAAUGAAGUUACUGAAGUCCUCUUUGGAACUUACAAUUUUCACGCAGUCACCCUUCAAAUUGAACCCAAAGCACACCAGAAACCAGACUGUAUCUUCUGUCAAGACCCAAGUGACUGA